AUGACAUAUGCAUACAACAUACCGGUACCGGUACAGUGGCAGGAUAUCGUAGAGAAGAAAAGAAGUUCGUCUUUGGUUUCACAGAAGCAAGACUUAUGCCGGCAGUUGUUUUGUCGUUUGGUCGACCCCAACCACGAAACAGAUCUCGGACAUGCUAUAGGGAAGGCCCUUCAGGGGAAAUUUGUCAUUACUGUUGGACCAGAUGGGGAUACCGGCAAACAACGACUUGACGAGCCGUCUGUACUACUCGAUGAGCAUUCGGCAAGGGAGCAACCAAAUUGUAACAACCUCUAUGACAAUGACGGAGAAUUUCGCGAUCUGAUUCAGUUGCUCCAAAACCUGGUCAGAAAAUGGUGGCCCGUUUACUGGCAUGGUGACACCGGACAACACUCCGGGACGCAGCGGCUGCGGUGGAGGAAACGCCGGCGGAGGAGCCCCUGCUGUGGCGGGCUAGCAAUGUGUCCAGCCUGGCCCUCCAACAAUUCUCUUGGCGAAGAUGAAGCUGCAUUGGGAAUUUUCAAUGAAUACAUGUAG